AUGAAAGUAGUCUACAGCACACCACUCUCAGUCUCACAGAGGACUGCAUGCAGGAAAAGACAUGAUCGUGUCAAGACUUCGACCCAGAUCCGUCGUUCCCCCAAAGCCUUCUAACCUCAAAUCCUUGGGGCCAAACAUCCCAAACCACUUCCAGACCAUAAACCAGAACAGACCAAACCCGAACCAGAACCAACCCCCAUCAGGGGAGAGGAGCCAGGAGAGGAAACAACAUCAACUACUGGAGGGGAAGGUGAAGAGGAUUGUGCGUAAGUUCAGCAGCCAGGAGAUGGGGCAGGCAGGACUAGAGACAAGAACAGGGGUAGAGGCAGGGGCAGAGACAGUGACUGGGGCAAAGCAGGGAGACGGUGGGGUGGUGGGGUGGACAAGUACAAGGACAGAGGCCGGACAGCAGGCAGACAGUAACAGAGGACAGACAAGGGCCCAGCAGGCCGACUAUGAUGCUAUAAUAAUGAGUACUGUGGAACUCAGCCUCAUACCACCUCCAGUACCAUUGAGAAAGCCACGUUCUGGCCCUCACACACAACCUACAGCACAACCCACAGCACAGAGUGAUGCCGUGCCCCUGGGGCAGAAGACAGACAACCAUCUGGGCACCCUUCUCACACCUGGACAUGGACGAGGAAACAGAUCAGCUCCCGAUGGAAGUGAGGUGGAUGAAGCGCCUGUGUGUGUUACCAUUGAGAGCAGACAAACCACAGGCUCGGCAGACACCCCUAGUGGUCACCAUGGCAACAUGACACAGUGCCAGUGCAUCUGUCACCUGAGGAGAACUGGCAUGAAGUUAGUCUGGGUUCCUCUGGAGGAAGAGGAAGAUAACUAUGUAGAGGUGAUAGGGGAUGAAGAAAAAGACAAACGAGGGAAUGAGCACCAGAAGAGAGUGGUGAAGGAGGGGAAGGAAGAGGAUGAAGAUGACUACAUAGAAGUGGCAGGGGAUGAAGAGAAAGAAAAACGAGGGAAUCAGGACCAGAAGAGAGAGAGGAAGGAGGUGAAUGAAGAAAUGUUGGGAUCUUUCAGAGCAGAAGAGCGUGGGGGGAAAAGUCAGACAGGGUGCCAGACAGAGACAGCUGCUGUGUUCAGUGAGCACAGAGAGGUCAGAGUUCACGAGGUCAGCGAGAAUAACAGCCAGAGAUCCUUCCCUUCAAAACAUAACACAUCAUCCAACGCAGAAUCUUCCCUGGCCCUGAUGAUCUGCUCACAGCACAGCUCAUAUCAGCAUAGCACACGACAGCACAGCUCAAACACCAAGCACAGCUCACACCAGCACAGUUCACACACCAAACCCCCUCAAAACAAAACUGAGACAUAUGAUGAGGUUACAUAUGAGGCCAUGCCCAUGUCUGACAGAGAAGAAUCACAUCCACCCCCACUCCCACGCCUAAUGAAACCUCCACUGAUGCACAAGACGCAGCAUCCCUCUCCUCCGAAGGAUAAUCUCCAGAGCAUGUCCACGUCCUCUCUCUCUGGCCUACUAACCUCAAUUUCAAAGUCAGACAUCCAGAAGAGUACCCCUUCCCCUCAGACUCCUCCCUCCAUCUCCCAUGGCAACCCCCAUCAGCCAAUCCUGCGACCUCUGCCUCCACUUCCUGUUUUACAUGAUCUCUGCCUUCUCCCCUGCCCCAUCAUGCCCCGCCCUCCUCAACUCAGACCUCAGAUUCCAAUGAAACCUCUUCCACCUAACCCUGAGCCCAGUGGCCCUAGCUGUCUCAGCCGACACUCAUCCACAGAUGCUGAUGUUAGGGAUGACUGGGUGACUGUAGACGGGGAGGACGUAGAGGAGCCACAGGAACAGGCAGAUAGUCCCAGGAGGAUCUCCUCAGACUGGGGACCUUUGAGGCUGGACGAACCUCUGUACCAGAUCUACCAGGCUAAGUCCAUCAAGGAGGCGAUCCAGCUCCAGAGCAUCAGCCGGAGUGCCAGCAGGGCCACCGUGGACCUCCAUAUGAGGCUCAGGGGCGGUGGGUCCUUAGGGGCCCCUAAGGGCCAGUUCUUCAGGGCCAGGAAUGGCCCCGCAGAGGUCACACUGUGGCAGGAGCUACCGGUGGUCAGAGACAGUGGGAUCCUGGAGAGACUCAGUCCAGAGGAGCUGCAGAGACAGGAGAGCAUGUUUGAAGUAUUGACAUCGGAAGCCUCGUACCUCCACUCACUGAACGUUCUCACUGAUCACUUCCUGAUGUGUCGGGACCUUGAUGACACACUGGUGAUCCAUGACAAGAAGACCCUCUUCUCCAACAUACUCCAUGUGUAUGAGGUCAGCCAGAGGUUCUUGAAGGAUCUUCUGAGUAGGAUCGAUGAGAACAUUCUGAUAACUGAUGUGUGUGACAUCAUCCACCAAUACGCCCUGUACGACUUCUCAGUCUACAUUGAUUACAUCCGUAACCAGGGUUACCAGGAGAGGGCCUACAGCUCCCUCGUGCAGACCAACAACCCAUUUGCGUUGGUGAUGCGGAGGCUGGAGGAGUCUCCUCUAUGUCGUCGUCUUCCCUUCUCCUCCUUUCUGCUCCUUCCUUUCCAGAGGAUCACACGCAUCAAGAUCCUUGUACAGAACAUCCUGAAGAGGACUAAAGAGGGCACUAGGGAGGAGAACACUGCCUCUAGAGCCCUGACCUCAGUGUCUGAGAUCAUCAAGGAGUCCAACACACAGGUGGGCCAGAUGAAGCAGAUGGAGGAACUCAUACAAGUCAAUAACACAUUGGAGUUCAACAAACUCAAGGCUGUUCCCAUUGUCUCGAAGGCUCGCUUCCUGGAGAAGAGAGGAGAGCUAUAUGAGCUAUCCAAAGGGGCCUCCCUCUUCAGUUCUCGUCUCAAACUCACCCCCAUCUACCUCUUCCUCUUCAAUGACCUACUCAUCAUCACAUGCAAAAAGAGCUCAGAGCGCUAUAUGGUGACAGACCACACCCACCGCUCCCUGGUGCAGGUCCAGCCAACGGGGUUUGGGGUUGGAGCGGAGGGCCCAGGGCCCAAGUUGGAGCACUCCUUCUGUCUGCUACUGCUGGAGAACCACCGAGGCAUUGCCUGUGAACACCUGCUGAAGGCCCCCUCAGAGUCAGAUAUGCACCGGUGGAUGGCAGCAUUCCCUUCCUUAAAUGACCCAAACAGAAAGGAAGAGGUGGUUUAUGAGGACUGGGAUUGCCCCCAGGUGCAGUGUGUGAAACAAUACGUUGCCCAGCAGGCUGAUGAGCUCACCAUGGAGCCUGCUGACAUUAUCAACGUGCUAUGCAAGACCCAUGAGGGUUGGAAUAAGGGGAUGCGUCUGUCUGACGGAGAGAAGGGUUGGUUCCCUAGCAAAAGUGUGGUGGAGAUAACCAACGAGCAUCGGAGGAGACGGAACCUUCGGGAGCAGUACCGCAUCGCUCAAGCUGCAGCUAAAGUCACAAAGAACUGACUACCUGCAUAUUUGUAUGUGUGUCCCAAAUCACACACUAUUCCCCAUAUAGUGCACUAGUUUGGAGAAAUGUCCAAUGGGUCCUGGUCAAAAGUAGUGCACUAUAUAAAAAAAGGUAUUACAGUGCUAUUUGGGACAAAGCCUAUGUCAAACCAAGGAUUUCUCUAACCCUCCGUUUUCUUUUACCCAGAGCUUCAACUCAAGUGCAUCAUACAGUGGGGCAAAAAAGUAUUUAGUCAGCCACCAAUUGUGCAAGUUCUCCCACUUAAAAAGAUGAGGCCUGUAA